AUGCUCAUAUUCUGUUCUCUUCGUGGCCAACAAGUUCUCCUUUACCGCAUUCUCAAAGCGCUGAAUGUUGACAUGGAAGUCUAUCUCGCGCAUCUGAGAGUUACUGAGAAGCGAGAGCUUGUUAAGGACUUCGACAUGACUGCUCGCCCUCAGAUUCUCACAGGCUCUUACGCAAUAACUUCGUGUGGUCUGAACUUACCGAAAGAUGCCAUGUUGUGGAUUUUUGGACCGUCCUCCCUCGAACGCUGUCGAGUGCAUCGAUGUGGUCAGCAUGAGAUAGUCGAAGCAAUCACAUUCUUUACGAAGGACUCCUUCAAUGAUCGACAAAACCAAAAGAACCUCCGAAAAACUUUCCCAGGCACUAUGCCACAGCUCAACCGAAUUCUCUUCGGCAGAGACAUUGCUGUCAACACCAUUGUCGAGGACGAGAUCAAUGUUGAUCUUGGCCAGUGGGUUCAGUUUGGUGAAGAAAUGAUGCGAGUCAAUGAUCCAACUCCAUUGUCGAGAUGGUCCUUGAGAGCGAAGUAUUCGUCCGCAUCAUCGAAACAAAAACGGAUGAGAUACCAAGGUCGGCAUCUGAAGGACAGGCUAGGGGUCCUGUUGGCGACGGAGGUAACCUGGUGCAUAUUUGGUGGACGCUUUUGCUCGGUCCAAUGCGAAGGGCAUUGUAGUGUCAGGAGAUUACCGCAGAUGUGGCAAGGAACGUUCGAUGGGGGCCAAGGGUGCUGUCCAGUGUGA